UUGAGGGCGCAAAAAUAUGAGAAGGCUGUCCACUUGUUGUUUCAAAACAUUGUAAAGCAUUUCAUUAAAAUCAGCAAGAUGGCAAGUGAACACCCAAAUAAGCUCCAGGAGAUAAAGGGAAAUAUUGAAGACCUGAGGAAGAGGAAGUUUGAUUUAGUUUCUAAGAGAGAUGAGUUGGAACAAGGAGAUCUUUGCACAACGUUCAAAGUCAAGCUUGGGUAUCUUAAGCAACAAUUCAGUUUACUUAAGAAUACAGCCAUUGAACUGCAGUCCAAAUUGAAACUUUUAGAGUGCCUAGCAGAAAGUGAAGACAAGUGGCCUGAUACCUCACAGGAAGAUGCUGACUUCAAAGCAGGCAGAGAACAUGUUCGUGAGCUGAAGGAACAGAUGGAUGAUAAGAAAGCAAAGUUACUGGAAGACUUAGACCAUGUGGAGAAAGCAUACAGAACUUAUUCAGAAAGGGUGCAUAGCUUGACAGAAGAAAUGAAAGAAGUUGAGACAAAGAAAAGUAAACUAGAUGCAUCUCUCCAAAAUAGUGCUAUGCUGAAUGAGAAACUAGGCUUACUUAAUGGAAACAAGGAGAGUAAUGAAAUCCCACAAUUACCACUGAAUAUGAAAGAAAAGGAAAAGGAACUUAAAGAAGUGCAGGAAUCCAUAAAGCAAUGUGAAGAAGCAACCCAUGAAGCAAAGGAGAAAAUGAUAAAGUUUCAAGGUCUUAGUGAAAGGUUGCAAGGACUUUUAGGAGAGAGUAAAAAAGAACUUGAGGAGGUUGCCAGGGUUAAGAAAAUAGAAGACCAAAAAGCAAAACAAGAUUUGCAGUGGUAUGACAAGGCUCUGUCUCAGAUGUCAGUUUUAUCAGGGUUCAAGGAGCACUCCGUCUCAGGAAAUACCCUGACCAUAGAAUAUAUGAACUCGGGAGACAAUGAAGACAGUAAACUCUUACUCAGCAUGACAUGGAAGCUGGGGAAAUAUGGAAGUUAUGUCCUGGCCAAGGCAGAAACAUAUGCAACAGAAAAUAGGGAACUUGAGAGUGACGAACGAGCAGGUGUUCGAAUUCGCGCAGGGGAUGUCUCAAGACAAAAAGCGGUGGACACCUCCCCAAUCCAGCCUACAAGUACGUGCAAAACCACAACCAGCGAACACAAAAGCAGUUAUAUUGUCAAUCAGACUCCAUCCUCACAUCCCUUGCUAGGCAGUCAGUCUGACACAAAUGAAGAUGGUGAUGACCCCGAUGAUGAUUUUGAUUACAUAGAACAUCCAGAUACUGUAGCCCAGCAGACAAGUCAGCUUACUAGCAAUGGUUAUGGAGAGAAUUAUCUUGCUGUGCAAAGCAGUGGAAACACCUUUGACCCUUCCUCUUAUUCCCUACAGCCCAAUGCUGAUAAUGUUACGCCAGCACCAGAUUCUACCCAGAUUAAAUCAGAGUUUCAGCUUUGUGAUGCUGAUGCUGGAAGCAUUAUUAAUAUGGGUACAGGAUAUAUACCUUUAACUUUGGAAGAUACGGACAGAUAUAGACAAAAGUGUGAUUUCUGUGAGGCAGUCUUCCACCUAAAUAAAGAUUAUCAGUGUCACAUUGUCAGCAAACAUGGCAAUAAAGAUGACAUACGGAUAUGCCCCAUAUGCUCACUUAAACUUGUAGACAAAGCUGCUGUUGGAAACCAUAUAGCUGCCAAGCAUUGGAGGCUGAAAUAUAUGUGUAAUAAAUGUGGAAAAUGUUUUGGAACAAAAAGGCAACUUGGUAAACACAGCUGUGUUUUUAGAAAUGAAGCAGGAAGUGUAAAAAUAUGUUUAGAUAAUAAUGUUGAAGAUCCACUUGAGUUGCCUUGGAAAUCAUUCAUAAAACACUGCACCACCAAAAAUGGUAUGUUGCAGUGUAAUUACUGUGCAUCAAAGGUGAAGGGUAAAAAGGAAUUUAAAAUGCACAUCAGUAGGAAGCACAUGGAAAGAUCUCUGCAGUGUCCAGAUUGUUCAAACCUUUUUGGAAACGGACUUGACUUGAGAUAUCAUAUUAAAACUGUCCAUACUAAGUCAAAGUACACUUGUACCGUAUGUGAAAAAUCAUUUGGUACCAAGGCUAGAUUGACUGCACAUAAGCAGGAACAUGCUACAGAAGAAACGUGUGUGUCCUGUGACAAGUGUGGUAUGACUUUUAGCAGUGUACAUUUACUGGUAGCACAUGUGAAAACGGACCAUCAAGAAGAGACGACAGAGGCUGGUAAUCCCUCAGAUUCAACUGCCUUGUUGACAGUGGAUAACUUGGGACUUCACAGCACUGUAGAAAAUGGUAUAUUCUGUUGUAACUACUGUGACUACAGAACAGAAUAUAGGCAAACAGUUAUCAAUCAUCUGAAAAGAAGACAUUUGGAGAAAACGCUGCCCUGUCCCAUGUGUGGUGUGAAAUAUGCUGUACAGAAUGAUUUAAGAAGACAUAUAGAGAGCAAACAUCUACCAAAACCUGCUAAAGACCGUAUAAUAUGCCAUGUGUGUACACAGACUUUUACCACUGAUUUAGGGUUUAAGUUUCACAUGAAAAGACAUGAAGCAGAUCCUGUAGAAGCCCAGUGUGAUGAAUGUGGAAAAAUGUUCUACCAUGCUUCUCACCUGAAGGCACACAAAAAACGGCGCCAUCCCAAGGGUCCCAUGCCCUUUGUGUGUGCAGUAUGUGGUAAAGGUUUUACUCAUAAAUGCAUGUACACUGAGCAUGUACAGACACACGCUGAGAAGCCAGGUUUCCAGUGCAGUGUGUGUCACAAAGGCUUUUACAGGGAGAAAUGUUUAAAACAACAUCUUAAGCUCCACACAGAUAAAAAUCGUUACCUGUGCCCAAUUUGUGGAAAACAGUUUGUAUCCUUACCUGCUCAGAAGAUUCAUGUGAAGAGGCACAGCUGGAAGAGGGAGCAUGAAUGCCAAGACUGUGGCAAGUCGUUCUUUACGAAAAAUCACCUUGAUCGCCACAAACUUACUCACACAGGAGAGAGACCUUAUGUUUGCAUUGUCUGCUGCAAAGCUUUCAGUGAUGUAUCCACAUUGAAAAAGCACUCACAAAUCCAUUUAAGAUAAAUUACUUUUGGUAGUAGGGACUUUUAAUUAUUAUAUAUGCAGAAAAUUGUCAAGGACUCCAGAGGUAAAAGUUUGCAUUUGUUUUUAGACAGCUAGUAGAUAAAAUGAUAUGAGUUUAAAAUACAACCAGAAGACAAAUAAAAUUGUAUAGUAUUAGAACUCUUUAUCAUUUCUGAAGGUAAAUAUGCACAUUUAAAAGAUAAAUAUUUGUCCAAUUGAUUUCUAAUUAAGAAGCAUUACAAAAUUGAAUCUCUAGAUGUUAUUGAUUGUGUUUAUUUAACAUCAUUUGAAACACUUUACACAUAUUUACGGUCAAAUAACUUGACAAAUAAAGAAUCAAGCUCGUGAUGGCAACAACUGAAAAUCUUACCUGUAAUUCUGCAUAUGUACAUGUAAAAUAUCCCCAACUAUAUAAUUUUUUUUAAUAAAUAAGUUCCAAUUUCA